GGGAGCUGUUGCGGCGCGUGUCAACUCUGUCGUCACAGGUUAUGAUGGCGGAUGGUGACCCGGCUCCUCCUGAGCGGAGCAGCAGGAGUCCUGAAGAGGAGCAGGCAGGAGGAGCCGGGCCUGGAGCUCAGAGGCAGGUGUUGGACAGGUGUCUGCACGCGCUCAGACACGCGACGAACGACAGUGAGACGCUAGCUGCUCUGCUGCUGAUAACCCGCCUCUGCCCGGCGAACCGGCUCGGCAGACCCGCGCUGCAGCGAGUCUUGGACUCCGUGGGUUUGGACCUCCCGGCCCGGCUCCUGGUGACGGCGGCCCGGGGUGGCGAGAGCUCAGGGUUGCCCCCCCAGGACCUGGUCUCUCUGGGCACGGCCCUGCUGGCCGCCCUGUGCACCGACCCGGACUUGGUCUCCCGGACCCAGGUCCUCAGCACCGUCCCACUCCUGCUAGACAUGGUGUCAAACGGGCCGGUGCAGAACCACGCUGGCUGUAGUCCAGAAACUAAAGACCAGUCCACCAGAGUCCAGGAGAGCAGCAGGUCAGCAGGUGACCAUGGUUCUGAUCCAAACGGAUCAGCAGCUGCUCAGAAAUCCUCCAAACUGGAUGAAGCCGUGGCUACAGACUGCUACCAGGUUCUGAUGGCUGUGUGUGGCUUACCCAGAGGCCCGGGUCAGCUCCUGAGCAGGGGGGCUGUCCCUGCACUGUGCUCGGCAGUGGACCAGAACCAGACCCUCAGCUACCAGAGGGGGCUGGCCCUGCUGGGGGCCCUCCUCUCUGACAGAACCAAAGAGAAAGCCUGGAGCAAACACCCUGAAGAACUCCUGGCUCUGCUGCUCAGACUGUCCAGGGACUUCUGCCGGGCCUCGGACCUGACCCGACUGGGGAUGUGCGCACAGCUUGUCCGGUUCCUGCCCACAGCAGGGGUGGUGCCCAAGAGCCAAGAACUGAGGAGGUCCGUGAGCCAGGUGUGGGCGGCACUGAGGCCUCUGCUGCAGGCCAAGUUAACGCCACGGCAGAUCGGGCCGGUUCUGGUUCUCAGCGCCUGCUUGUUGGACCUGUACGGGUGGGAGCCGGUGGGACCACCAAAGUUCUGCUGCCUGCUUGUGAACCGGGCCUGUGUGGAGGUCAGGAUGGGUUUGGAAGAACCGCCUGGGACAGAUCUUAGCCUGGAGCUGCAGCAAACACUCACAGGAUGUUACCGGAUCAUGGAGGCCGCCGUGGAGCAGGCCUGUACCGAGGGAGGCGCCGCGCCUCCUUCCUCCGCCUCCCCCCAGGCGGCCCUCAGUCUGCAGCAGAGCCGGCAGGUUCUCCGAGUUCUGGAGGAGGCCUUCUCUGCCGUCGUGUUCUACCUGCAGCAGGUGGAUCCCAGUCGUCAUGACGACCCGUUUGUGUUUGCCACUUUUCGCUCUAUCUGCUCGUGGCUGGCUGAGGAGACUUCCUGUCUGAAGCAGGAAGUGACCGGACUGCUGCCCUUCCUGAUUGGCUACGCACGACGCCACCUCCACGCCAGGAGCUCUGAGCCAGAUCUUUCUAAUUGGAUGGCCAAAAUGACCGUCAGCGAAGAGGGCGGGGCCUGGACGGGCCAAGAAGCUCUCAGGUAUCUCCUCCCAGCUCUGUGUCACCUGUCAGCUGAAGAAGGACCCAGAAAAGUUCUGCUCACCCAGGACUCUCCGGCACUGCUGGUGGACUUCCUGCUGCAGACUUGGACCUCUGUGAAGGGGCGGAGCCACACUGCAUCCACCAGAGACCCCAGCAUGGAGACUGCAUGCUCCGCCCUCCUCAACUUCACCAUCACAGAGCCAGAGAGAGUCAGGAAGGACUCGUGUUUCAGAACCCUGGAGGCCCAUCUGAGUGAAGCACUUCCUGUUUUGGUGAAUAAGCCACGCCUCCUGGUCCUGGCAGCGAAUUACGUCACUUUGGGGCUGAUGAUUGACAGACUGAGGUGUCCUCCUCCAGGCUCGGUGGAAGCGGCCCGGAGGCGGUUCUACUCUGCGGCUCUGCGGUUCCUGGGCGGUGCCCUGCGGUCCGGUCCCGGCCCGGUUCAGGUGAAGGCCAGCUGGCAGCAGGACUGGGUCGAGGCAGCAGAACUCUGGCGUCUGGGCCUGCAGGUUCUGGGAGACCUGGUCCGGGUUCAGCCGUGGAUCGUCGGUCCGAUCAGAGACGAAGGCUGGCUCGCUCACACCGUCUGCACGCUGUGCCACUGCACCGCUCUGCCGGACCCCAACACCCAGGAGGUUCUGGAGCAGGUUCUGUGUGCCGUGGUGGAGCAGAGCUCCGUCUGUAAGCAGGAGGUCCGGGAGGCGCUGAGGAGGAGCCACGAAGGAGCGCUGAGCAGAAUGACCCGCCUGAAGGAGGCGCUGGAGGAGCAGCCUUCACCUGGGAACACAGGGAACCAACCGCAACCGGUUCUGACCGUGACUGGACCUGGGUCUGACUGUUGACGGUCAAAACUGGUUCUGGUCAUGGUCAGAACCGGGUCGGCUCCAGGCUGAUUUUUGGAAGAUUUAAAGAAUAAAAUAAAAUAUUUUGACAGAA